UCAACUAACGAACCUCUUUACUGCAACUACAUUUUGGCGGUGUCCAAGCUAACGAACUCCUUUUGAAAGCUUAAUCCUUACCGCCGAAGAUCACCGGCGGGCAGAAUUAGGCGAAGCAGAUGGUUGUUACCUGCAAAUUAUCUACCUCGAGAUCAACCAAAUUCUAUCUUGAGAAAUUCCUCAAAACCCAGAAAAACCUUUCCAAGCCUCCGCCGAGACUCUGGCCCAGUGAUCCGCUGCUUCAAUCCCCACCUGCUGAUCACCAAGGACUACCCAUUCUGAACCUGAACCACCCAAUCUUGCAUAAACUUGAAUCAUGCACCACUACUCGAGAAUUCAAUGAAAUACAUUCCCAACUCCUCGUCUCCGGCCUUUUUCAGCACCCGCUUGCCGCAAGCCGGGUAAUAAAGAAGCUCUGCGCCUCUUUGAGUUUGCUUUCUCAUGCUGUUUUGGUUUUUGAUUCAAUUGAAGAACCUGAUUCUUUUCUAUGCAAUACCAUAUUAAGGUGUUUUGUAAAUUUUAGAGACCCUGUUGGAGGCUUGAGGUUUUAUUAUGGGAAAAUGGUGGCCAAGUGCGUUAUACAUAACCAUUACACUUUUCCUUUAUUGGGGAAGAUUUGUGGGGAGAUUGAGUUAGUGAGAGAAGGAGAAAAGGUUCACAUGCGAGCUUUGAAACUUGGGUUUGAGUCAGAUUUGUUUGUCAGGAACUCGUUAAUUCAUAUGUAUGGUGUUUGUGGGCGGAUUUGCGAUGCACGCAAAGUGUUUGAUGGUGGGCCUAUCUUGGAUUUAGUUAGUUGGAAUUCAAUGAUUGAUGGAUAUAUAAAGAAUAGGGAAGUUAGUGCUGCACAUGAGCUGUUUGAUGAAAUGCCUGAGAGAGAUGUUUUCAGUUGGAAUUGUUUGAUUGCAGGUUACGUGGGGAUGGGGAAUAUGGGGAUGGCAAGAGGCCUGUUUGAGGAAAUGCCAGUUAGAGAUAUAGUUUCUUGGAAUUGUAUGAUUGAUGGUUAUGCAAGAAUAGGAAAUUUGACGUUGGCUCGAGAAUAUUUUGAGAGGAUGCCCAUGCGAAAUGUGGUUUCUUGGAAUACUAUUUUGGCGCUUUAUGUUAGGUGCAAGUAUUACAUUGAGUGUUUGAGAUUGUUUGAGAUGAUGGUUGAAGGAGAGAUUAUGCCGAAUGAAGCAUCUCUUGUUAGUGUCUUGACAGCAUGUUCAAGCUUAGGGAGGCUCGAUAUGGGCAAAUGGGUUCACUCCUAUGUUCAAAAUAAUAGAAUCAAAUGUGAUGUAUUACUUUCAACUGCUUUAUUGACAAUGUAUGCAAAAUGCGGCGCUAUGGAUUUGGCUAGAGAUGUUUUCAAUGAUAUGCCCGACAAAAAUAUCGUGUCAUGGAAUUCUAUGAUCAUGGGAUAUGGCCUCCACGGGCAUGGAGAGAAGGCCUUGCAGAUGUUCGUGGAGAUGGAAAAGAGAGGCCUGAUGCCAAAUGAUGUUACUUUCAUUUGCGUAUUAUCUGCAUGUACUCAUGCAGGAAUGGUUUUAGAGGGUUGGUGGUACUUUGAUCUAAUGCAUCGAGUCUAUAAAAUUGAACCAAAGGUGGAGCAUUAUGGCUGUCUGGUUGAUCUCCUUGGCCGGGCUGGUUUGAUGAAAGAAUCAGAAGAACUAGUAAGGACAUCACCCGUGAAUGCAGGACCAGCAUUGUGGGGUGCUCUUCUUUCUGCUUGCCAGACACACUCGAAUUCCGAGCUUGGAAAACUUGUGGCCAAGUAUCUGAUUGGCUUGGACCCAACAGAUAUUGGACCCUAUGUACUAUUAUCAAACAUAUACGCUAUGGAAGGUAAAUGGGAUGAUGUAGAAAAUGUGAGAAAUUUGAUGAAGGAUAAAGGAUUAUAUAAAACAGCAGCAUCUAUUCUGGUCCAGGUUGGAGAAGUGGGAUUGGAUUCUUUUUCAGAAAUGGGUACACCACAUAGGAGAAGAAUGUUGUACUCAAUGUUGAGUGAGAUGGGUGUUGAGCUGAAAUUGUCUUGUAAAUUCGAUAGCUUUUUAAGAGACCAACAAGAAUGAAUGCUUCAAGGGAGAGUUUAGCGGAGCCUGUUUCUCAAGAGAAAAUUUAUGGCUUUUUUUCCAUGGUGAACCUGUUGAAGCUUAAGAGCAUAUAGCUAUUGCAUUUCUCUUAAAAAAAAGGGGAAAAAAGGUGAGGGGGGAAAAAGGGGAACCCUCAUGCAGCCAGUUUGAGAACCUACAUUUAGAAUACGGUGAAUUGUGGAAGAGGCAUGGGAAGAUACAUGCACCAGUUGCAGCUGAAUUAGGAGAUGAAAUUUGGGCGAUAUUCUGCUCUGACAAUCAGGGAAAUAGACAUUGCAAGUUGCAGCCUCUACAAAGAGUCUUCAUGAAAACGAACAAAAGGGACUGGAGACAGCCGCUUUUGGAUACAAGAGCAGAGAAAUGAAGCCAAGGUAAGGUAAGGCAGUUGGUAAUACACGAAGCAGAUGAGAUUAUUUCUUCACAAUCACCAAAUAUAUGCAGCUGUGAUGGAGUUUAAUCACAACAGGUCAUGAUGAAGCCUUAGAUGGCUGUCAAAUUUUAUGUGGAUUAUUAAUAUAGAGAUGGUGGGUUUUCUGUUAUUCAAAGGUGUCUGUUGCAAUUUUAUGUUAAAAACCAGUAAUAUACAGUAAUCAUCUUAUAUAAAUUUCUCAACUUUACAUA